AUGGCUAUGCAAGAAGCUCUCCUCAAACAAAAAGCCCAAAUCAAAUGGUUUGAGGAGGGAGAUAGCAAUACAAGGUAUUUUCAUAAUGUGAUCAAAGACAGAAGAAGAAGACUGCAGCUUCAUAGGAUCAAGAAUAGUAAAGGGAAAUGGUUACACUCUGAUGAGAAGAUCUCAAAUUCGGCAAUCAGACAUUUUAAAAGGAUCUUCAACCUACCUGGACCUGCUGUGGAUGACAACAUUUUCUCCUGCAUUCCUAAAAUUAUCACUGAUGACGAUAACAUUAUGUUGCCUAAGAUCCUAAUAGAAGAAGAAAUUAAAGAUGCUAUUUUUGAUAUGAGCUCCACUAGUAGUGCUGGACCUGACGGAUUUAAUGGUAUGUUCUACCAAAAAUGCUGGGAGAUAAUAAAGGUGGAUGUGAUUAAUUUUGUUCAGAGCUUUUUCUAUGGUAAUGGCCUUACUAAAUUCUACUCUCAUUCUUGUUUGGCCUUAAUUCCUAAAGUUAACUCUCCCUCCAAUUUUUCUGAACUUAGACCCAUCAGGCUCAUUACUGAUAAUAUUUUGUUGGCUCAAGAAAUUGUUCAUGACAUUGCUAAAACCAACAAGGGAGAAUGGUGGACCAGGGCUAUAUGGAGACUGAUUUCCCAGGUUUGGUAUUCCAUCAUUAUCAAUGGCAAUAGAAAGGGAUUUUUUUCGUCAUCUCAAAGAUUGAAUCAAGGGGACCCUCUCUCCCCUUCCCUUUUUAUUCUUGGAUCUAAGGUGCUGUCGAGAUUGUUGAACAGUCUUUAUGAGCACCCUAACUUUUUCCCUUUCACCAUGAGUGAAAGAGGUCCCCAGAUAAAUCACCUUGCGUAUGCCGAUGACAUUGUCAUUUUCAGCGCUGGAAAGAGCAAAGUGAUUAAGCUUAUUAUGAAGCAAAUCAGGGCCUAUGAAAGAAGUUCGGGGCAGAAAGUUAAUGAUGACAAGAGCUUCUUUUGCACUCACCAGAAGACCUCUAAUUCUAGGAUCAAUAGAAUUAUUGAUAGAACUGGCUUCAGGCAUAAGCAGUUUCCUUUUAAUUAUUUGGGUUGCCCUCUGUUUGUUGGCAGGAAAAAGAUAGAGUACUUUGAUGAUCUCGUUUCUAGGAUCACUAGAAAGCUUUCGGGUUGGUCUGGGAAAUGCCUUUCCUACGGGGGAAAAGUUACUCUCAUCAAAAGUGUGCUCCAAGCCAUCCCCACAUACACCCUCGCAGCUCUAACUCCUCCCAAAGAUUUUGUCUUGGCUAAGUAUUGUACCAGAGUGCAUCCUGUGGCUAAAUCCAUUAAUGCUCCUCAAUCUCCUAACAGGAAGAAGAUGAUGCAAAUCAGAGAUAAGAUAGAGGGUAAGAUUCUAUGGCAAGUUCGAGAGGGAAAUAGCAACUUUUGGUGGGAUAAUUGGACAGGGCUAGGGGCAUUGGCUAAAAUCUGCCCUAAUCAGUCCAUCUAUAACAAAAUCAAAGUCAAGAAUUAUAUCGAAGAAGGGAGAUGGCAAGCUGAUAGGCUUCAUGAUUGCAUUCCUAGUCAGCUGGUCCAACAUAUUUUGAAAGUUCACAUUGAUAAUAGUAACGAGGAAGACUACGCAGUAUGGGAAUCGGCAGUAGAUGGGAAUUUCUCUACAAAAAAUGUUUGGGAGGAAAUAAGAGAGCAUAAAUUGGAGGAAUUUCUAACGGGACAGAAAAUAGUUAGAUGGGCGAAGCCGGAUACUAACAAAGUCAAGCUCAAUACGGAUGGUAGCUUCUCUGGCAACAGAGCAGGUAUUGGAGGCAUUUUAAGAAACUCUGAGAGCAACAUGGUUAUGGCGUUUGCAAUCCCUGUUGACUGUAACAGCAGUUCGAUGGCAAAAGCCUAUGCAGUUAAACACAGCAUGCAAUGGUGCUUGCAGAAUGGGAGCAGUAACAUUGUUUUGGAAUUGGAUUCUCUUAUGAUAGUUGAGAUGCUACAGAAUAAGGGCACAAAUAAUCUAAAAUUCAAAGGUAUUAUUGAGGAGAUCAUGAGUAUGAUAAAUCGGAUGGAUUGCAGCAUUGAACAAUGUUAUAGAGAAGCUAAUCAAGCAGCAGAUGGGCUUGCUAAGUAUGCGGCUAAGAGGGUGGAUAACCACAUAUUCACCAAUUGGUAG